AUGCCUACCCAAUCGAAGUACGCGCAACCGAAAGACAACUCCUCGUGGUUUGACCGCCUAUCGCCACGCGAUCAAUCUGAACAUUGGCCAUUAAAAAUUGGCCCGAUGGCGCACCCGCUAAUUCAUGCUGGGUACGACCAGUGUUUCGAUUGCGGCAAGUUUGGGCAUCGUCGAGACCGUGGUGCUGGCUGCACUAGCAAAGUCAAAAAAGCCCCGCCUUUUGGGACUUGGCGACGAGUCACUACGGGCAAGACUUACAGCAUGAACAUGCUUGAGAUGUUGCCCCAAAACUUGGAGAAAGCACAAGCCGAAGUAAUAGCAAUGGAAGAAAUUCCGGAGUACGUCGCCACCGAUUUCGACGUUUUGACUCCUUGGGUCUUCACGGAACAAGACAUGGCCAACCUCGAAGCCACAGAAUCUUUUGCAACUAAAAAUACCCAAUCGGCCAACCGCAGCCACGCAGAUCAAACAGCAGGGACCACGCUAAGCGAACCAAAGCAAAGCACAUCCAAGGGGAACCCUCGAGGAGAACCGCAGAGAUUAUAUGCAACAUUUUGGAUUGUCAACAUGAUCAGUGUAGAAAUUGAGCUGCAAUGCUGUAAAUAUUGCGAAAUAGCAAGGUCGCAUCGCAAACAAAGUAAAAAAGCAACAGCAAUGCAAUGUGGUUCAUCAAGCCAAACACCCUAUAGAAAAUUGCUAACGGGCACGGCCCAAGAAAUUGAACCUUUUAACAGAAAAGCCUGCUCUGACCCUCCAACAGAUAAUCAAUAA